CUCGAAGCGCAGCUCGCCUGCUCGCUAGUGCUCGGCCCGGUGCCGCGCCUUCCGCUCCGACGCGCAGGUGGCGAUAGCUGCACGCUCGCUUCGUUCAGCAUGGUGGAGGGCGGUCAGGGCGGCAGCUCAGACAGCUCGGAGGUGCGCAAGUCGGCCAUCCUGGCGGAGCUGGCACGCGCCGAGGGAGCGGAGAGCGACGGGGCGCGCCGCGCCGACGACGCUGACGCCGAGGAGGGCGCUGUCUCGCCGCAGGCGUGGGUGCGUGACGAGUGGGCAAGGCUGCGGCGCGGGGAGGGCGAGGUGGCCGAGUUCCUCAAGGAGUUUGUGCCGACCUUCGCCUUCUUCCUCGCCAUCCGCAUCGCGCUCGUCGAGCCGCGCUACAUCCCAUCCCUCUCGAUGUACCCCACGCUCGACAUCAACGACCAACUCGCCGUCGAGAAGGUGUCCAAGUGGAACCGGCCUCCCCGGCGUGGCGAGAUCGUGGUCUUCGACCCGCCCGACGCCUUUUGGCGCCUCCGCGAGCGCGACGGCGAGGCGCUCAUCAAGCGCGUCGUCGCCGUGGGCGGCGACACAGUCGAGGUGCGCGGCGGCCGGCUCUACGUGAACGGGCAGCUGCAGGACGAGAGCUAUGUCAACGAGCGGGCGGCGUACGAGCUGCCGCCGCUGGCGGUGCCACCGGGCAGCGUCUUCGUGCUGGGCGACAACCGCAACCAGUCCUUCGACAGUCACUACUGGGGCUUUCUCCCGCAGCGGAACAUCAUCGGCCACGCCGUCGUCUCCUACUGGCCUCCUGGCCGGAUCAAGGGCCUCGACGGCGUCGCGGAGCGACUCGCGGGGCCGCAGCCUGACCAGGCCAGUGCCCCACUCCUGGAGCGGUGA